AUGGGUAGUUUGGCUGGUAGGAUCUUCUUCUUCUUCAUCAUCAUCUUCUUCUUCUUCAUUAUUAUCUUCUUCUUCUUCAUCAUCAUCUUCUUCAUCAUCAUCUUCUUCAUCAUCAUCUUCUUCAUCAUCAUCUUCUUCAUCAUCAUCUUCUUCAUCAUCAUCUUCUUCAUCAUCAUCUUCUUCAUCAUCAUCUUCUUCAUCAUCAUCUUCUUCAUCAUCAUCUUCUUCAUCAUCAUCUUCUUCAUCAUCAUCUUCUUCAUCAUCAUCUUCUUCAUCAUCAUCUUCUUCAUCAUCAUCUUCUUCAUCAUCAUCUUCUUCAUCAUCAUCUUCUCACCUCCCCCCAUCCCAUCCUUCCACGCCCUCCGCCUUCCCACCCAGCCCUUUGCUCCCUCCAAUCCCAAUCCCACCACAAGACAACACAGCAAUGACGACGACAACGAUGACCAGAUGAACACAAACGUCUGCACACACUGGCUCGAGCGAGAUACAAUACCAUGUCAGCUUCAGACGCUGUGUUGGCGGGUAUUGGGUUGUGCAUGGUGA